AUGGAAACUUCAAUAAUACAGGAUGCCCUCGACGACAGUCUCUCCAUUCUGGUCGCAACAGACAAUCAUUUAGGCUUUCUAGAGAAAGACCCGAUACGUGGAGACGACUCCCUGAAUACUUUUAAAGAAAUCCUUAGCCUAGCGAAGGAACAUAAGGUGGACUUGAUUUUACUGGGCGGCGAUCUUUUCCACGAUAACAGGCCGUCACGCAAGACACUAUAUGAAACUAUGAAAUUACUUCGAUCAUAUUGCAUUGGAAAUAGUAGACCCACUAUAGAGCUCGGGAAUGAUCUAUUGGGCAAUGGUUCUGACAGUCUCAAUAACUUUCAAAAUCCCGUUUGCAAUAUCUCCAUGCCUGUCUUUUCUAUUCAUGGUAAUCAUGAUGAUCCGUCGGGUGACGGAAACCUUUGCGCACUAGAUUUACUUUCAGUGUCUGGACUCAUUAAUUACUUUGGAAAAGUGAAAGAAGUAGAUAAUGUAAUAAUUGACCCGAUCCUUAUAAAGAAAGGUGGAAUCAAAUUGGCUUUAUAUGGAUUUGGAAACAUUAGAGAUGAGAGAUUACAUCGGAUGUUCAUUGAUAAUAAUGUCAAAGUGAAUCAUGUUGAUUCAUCCACAGAUGAUUGGUUCAACUUAAUGGUGCUGCAUCAAAAUAGGCAUGUUGCGAAGUUAGAGAUACGUGGUCCUGGUGAUUUUCAUAUGGAAAAAAUUAGAUUAAGAACGGUUAGGCCAUUUGUAAUCGGAGAGGUUGUGUUACAAGAUUUCCCAGAUCUCAUGCCUGAUGAUUCGACUCAUAUGUCGUCUCUCUUAGUUUCGAAGGUUGAGGAGCUUAUAGAAGAAGCUAAAGAAAAUUGGCUCGAGACCAACGAAGAAACUGAUGAUUCAAAAUUUCCUUUACCCCUAGUUAAGCUUAGGGCAAGAGAAUUUAAAAUCUUUAACAACCGCCAGUUUGGGCAAAACUUUGUGAACCAGGUUGCUAAUAAUCAAGAAAUAUUAUUCUUUUACAAGAAGAAUCCCGUGAAAUCAAGGACGAAAAAAGAGAACACCACAGAAAUGGAUAUGCCCGAAAACCUUUCAAAAAGUGUUGUUAACGAACUCAUAUCCGAGUGUUUGGAAACUCUUGAUAUAUUACCAGAACUUGCUCUCAGUGAUUCAGUCACACUUUAUGUGGAUAAAGAGGAUCAGGACGCAAUUGCAGAUACAAUAAAAAAUGUAAGGUCGCAACUUAAAAGAGAGCUUAUAAUUGAAGAUGAAAAGAUUAUUGCGGAACAAACACAUAAACAAAAGGUUUUACUUGCCCAGCAAUAUGCACAAAAGAAUCCAGAACAAAGAUUUGCGGAAAGAGGUAAAACAUCAGGCGAUCGUCAAGCACCUGAUUAUGAUGAGGAUUUCGCUUCAGAUAAUGAUAGGAUUGGUGUAAGCAGUUCAUCAAAAUCACGAAAUACCAGAACCACAAGAGGAACAAAUACCCGAGGACGGGGACGAGCUCGAACAAGAGGGAGAGGGAAAUCAUCGACUUCACGUCAAACCAGACGUAUUAUGGAUGAUGAUGGCUUCGACGACUCCGAUACAAUUUCAACAAAUGCAACAAAUAAUGAACAGGAAGUGACAGCUACUAGGUCUUCGACCAGAAUUGCGAGUUUGCGACCGAGACAGAACGAACGCAACAAAUAUAAAGAUUCUGAGGAUUCUGAUGAUGACUUCAGACAAGUUAAAGCACAAAGGGGCGCGACUCGUAAUAAAAAAGUUAUAGAUGAAUAUGUUGAAGAAGAAACUAUUUCUGAGGAUAUGGAGCGGAUGGAGAUUACCGGUAAUUCUCAAAGCGAGAGAAAAAGAAAGGUCUCAAGUGUCAGACUUGAAGAACCUCCAUCAAAGAAGACAAGUCGUUCGGGCAAAAUACCCUCACAAACCAAUGCAAACGCCUCAAAUGUCUCAUCGCAUCCUGCGAGAUCAGAAUCACACAGUCAGAUUAUUUUG